AUGGCACUAUUCUCAUUCUACCGCGAGGCUACUCCCGAAGUCGAUCCUCCAGACCCAGACCCAGGCGCACAUCCACAUCCACACCCCCAACCACAUCCACACCCCCAUCCCAGUCCCGGUCCCAGUCCCAGUCCCAGUCCCUCAAGCCACCAGCGCGACGUAAACGUAGUCGAUCGCCAUCCGCCUCCUCCGCAACCGCCUCCACCACAUGCGCACCCGCACCCGCACCCGCACCCGGCACGGGACCACCGCCGCCGCAGCAGCGCCAGCCACGACUACUUCAACAUCAAACACGUCAGUUCGACAUUCACCUCCGCGCAUACCCCCGACAGCGACCCCAGCAGCGAGGCGCACAUAAAUUUCUUCGGCGCGCCGAGUCCCGGGCCGCGGUUCCUGCUCGCGGGCGCGCAUUCGGGGGAGGACGGGGACGACGAGGACGGGGAUGAGCUCGCGGCAACGCCGUUCGAGUACGAGUUUGAGCGCGUGCAGGAGCAGGAGCGCUCCCGAAGGAACUCGGGGAUCGAUGUGAGAGCCGUCGGGGGUGCCGAGCCGACGUUCGCGUCUACGCUGCGGAUUACAAGGCGGCGUAGGAGCUCUAGAGGUGCGGGGGAGAAGGAGGGGGAGAAAGAGGCGGAGGGGGAGUGCGCGAAUGAUGGUGAGGAGGGCGGAAAGGCGCCGCCUGCGGGCCCGAAGGAUCUGCCUGUGGAGCUGUGGGAGCUCAUUCUGGGCUUUUUGGCGAUGGAUAUAGAUGAUGACUCGUAUCAGCCCGUGGGCGAUCUGUUUAGCUGUGCGCUGACGUGCCAGGCAUGGGCUUAUCUCACGCUGCCGCUGCUGUAUAGAACUCACGGCUAUGGGAUUUUCCUGCCGAAACCGACAGCACGAGAUGCGGCGCCGCUCGGUGUGCCGGUUUCUCGCUCCAUCAACUUUCACACCGGCAUUGCUGGAAAGCGGAUGAUGCAGCUGUGGCGCACGCUGCUGCUCUCUUGCUUCACCGCGUCCCAGCCAAACUCGGCCUCGCGCUUCACUACGUUUUCGGGCGCAACGCUGUUUCCGUACAUCAACUACGUGCAAAACCUCGAUACUCGCACGCUGGUCAUGGUGCUGUCCGAGAUCAUGAAGACUGGCAGGAAUAGAGAUAAGUGUGAGGAUAUCGACGGGAAGAUCAUGCGCAGCUCCGAGGCUGCAAAGUACUUUUUUGGUGGUGCGCUGGGCGCCUUUGAGAUAUCGGGCGCUGCGAGAGGAGAGAGAAUGGUCGUCGGUGGGCCGGAGUAUGAGAUUCAAACGCCGGUCUGGGGGAAGGAGGUUAAGCUGUUUGUUGGCGAUACUGCGUUGAUGAUGAUGGACUUCCUGUAUCCGCACCUUACGCAUCUGAAGGGCUGUACGAUCGCCGAGCUCGGACAGUUGCGUGUCAGCCCGCCGAUCACUAUGCAUCACCCAGUGUCGCUCCUGACAUCCUUGUCCAAUCUCAACUCGCUGGUGAUCUCGUCCGGCUGGAUGCUCUCUGGUGGCCUCGGCCGUGCUAUUGCUUCCAUCCGCCCCACCAUCCGGGACGGCGCAUCCAAAUUUAACCUCACCAUCUUGGACUGGCGCUUCAAAACGCACUACGACCCUAACUACCAUCACGAUGACGACUGGGAGGACGAUCAUGAGGACUAUCGCUACACCGUUCGGUCCACCGUCGACUUCUUCAACGCUCUCAAUGUCAACAGCGUCAGCAGUAUAGAUAUCGACUUCGAGGUCCGCUACAGCCGGCAGCAGCAAGGGGAUUUGGGGGACUCGGUUGUGAUCCGGCAGUCACGAAGCCUCGAAGCCCUGCGCGUGGCACACAUGCGUUGCGACUGUCAGAAGCUGCACGACUUCUUUCUGCAGAUGGGAGAAACCGGCUUCGCGCCGAAAUCACUCGCGCUGAUCGAGCUGUACAAAGAGAAGCGGGUGCUCGAGAACGGCUGGGGCUUCUGCGACGCAAUGUUCGCCCGGCUGGAAGCUCUCGAACUCGCCCGAUUCUCUAGUAUGUUCCUCUUCGCCACGGAUGUGGUCAAACAGGGCGGUGCCAAACCCCCGCCGCUGCGAUCCCUCAAAUUGUCGUAUGCCAGAAAACACGUCGAAGAAGCCCCCGAGCAGGCCACCGCCGAGCUCUUCUUCCUCAACAUCCUUCCGUCCCUCGCCGCCACACUCACCACCCUCCGCCUGGUCGAUACCGACCACGAGUUCACAACCCAAACCGAGCCCCGCCGCCGCGCCAAAUACAUGCGUCCGAGCUACACCGGCCCCGCCUCUCCCCUCGAAUCCCUCCAGCACCUCCGCACCCUUGUCCUCGCCGGAGACAUCUCCCUCUUUCUGAUCCGCGCACGUCUGCCCCAGAUCCUCCAUGCCCUUCGAAACACCCUCGCCUUCUGCGACCUCUGCUUGUCUCUCCCGCACCUGCGCGGCUCCGGCCUCCGCUCCUUCACCCCCUGCACGAAACUGGAGCGACUCUACCUCCGCGAGUGGAAUUGGGACAUCGACGAGGUGCUGCAUGUCACCCGCAUGCUCAAGACCGAGGACGUCAAGUCCUUCGUCGAGAACGGCCGCAUGGUGGGCGGGAGAACGGUGCUCAGGGAACUGGGUGUCGAUGGAGGCCUGCUCCAGGUUGCCGCCUGGCAGAAUUGGGGAGAGGUCAAAAGUUGGGUCGCCCAGAGGGGCUGUAGGUUCUAUUAUAGCCCCGUGCAGAUGUGGAGAGUCGGCUUCGUGGCGUGGAAUGGGAGGGAUCCGACCUUUGCAUAG